AUGGCAAACAUGCCAUGGAUUUGAAUCUCAGGUGACAUACAUGAUGUGGGCGAAUGUCUUUGGAAAGAGUUUGCACUUUUGAAAACUGGUGCCAUGUAGAUCUACAUGACAUUGUACUAUAGUGUAGAAGGAGAAGAAGGUGCGCUGCUGUUUUACGCUGCUAGCUCGUGAUUCACGCUUCUGUCAAGUAUUGAGUGAAAUCUGUCACUGUAAAAUUCUGACAGACUAGACUACGAUGUACGGGCGCUGUGCACGUGGCUGUGGAGUGUUUGUGCACUGCUUGGAGUGUUACCACAACGGUACGCGGUGUGGACGUGGACUAGGAGUCUGUGGGAGGAUAAACAUUGGUGUGCGUGACCAGUGUGAUGAAUCUGGCACGGGCUAGAGUUUUCUCAUCAUCACCAUCGCCAGUAGCAGCAGCAAAAGCAGCAUCAUGCAUGCAGCUAUGCAAUCACCAAGUUCCCCACAGGUUCAGAUCUUGGCUGGGCGCAGGCUGUGCCCCGGGAAUACAGAGCCAAUACACUGGUGCAGUGCGGUUGCUCAGCUGUAGCGUACCAUCACGAUCACAGCAUUUUGGACAGCCGCUGGCUUCAUCGCACCCACACAUUUUGAAGCAAGGAGACCUCUCCCCUGGAGUAACUUGCGACGAAUACAAGCAACGCCGAUCGAGAUUAGUGCAGAGGUUGACCAAGGCGGCACCAUCACACAUCCAGCAUCACAUCGUUGCUAUGGUAUCAGCCAAACAGCUGCACUCGGGCCCAGACGUACCUUACGAGUUUCGCCAGUGUGCCGAUUAUCGAUAUCUGUGCGGCUUUCUGGAAGCCGAGUCAGUUCUGUUGAUUGAGUGGAGCGCAACGGACGAGACAUGCCACACGGUGAUAUUCGCUGGCUCGAGAAGCGGUCGGGAUCGCCUGUGGCAUGGGCCCAGAACUUCACUCAGUGCCAUCCCCGCAGUGUUUGGAGUUGACAAAGCAUUGCCUGUAGAGCAGCUCACAUCGUACCUGUGCGAGAACUAUCCGGACAGUCGCAAGAAACAGUGCAUGCUCUGGCACACCGUCAGCCCGAAAGCAUCCAUUGAUGAAGCUCUCAACAAACAAAUCAAGUCUCACUUCUCCAACAUCUCACCAGUAUCUAACGUCCUGCCACAUCUGCACUCGCUGCGCGUUUCCAAGACAACCGCCGAGCUGGAGCUCAUGAGAAAGGCAGCGACUGCAACGCACGCCGGUUUCCUGAAGAUGAUGAAGCGCUCGGACGUGCCUGUCGGCGAAUGGACGCUGGAAGAGCGUUUGCACAGCGGCUUCAUGGACGAGAGCAACGGCGUGUCAUCAGUGAAUAGGGUGCAGCUGGCAUUCCCGUCCGUCAUAGCCGGUGGAUGUCGGGCGACAGUGCUGCACUAUCUGGCCAAGGACAUGCGUGUCGGGAGCAGUGAUCUUGUGCUGGUCGACGCUGGUGCUGAGGUGCACGGCUAUGUGUGCGAUGUGAGUCGCACUUGGCCGCUAAGUGGCCGCUACACGCCGUGCCAACGAGUUCUCUAUGACAUUGUCGUGCAAGUGCAAAGCAACGCGAUCGGGAUGAUUGACGCUGCGGCCGAAUCCGGUACACCCACGUCCAUGCAAACGCUGUACGACGCAUCACUGGAAGAGAUGAAAGACCUGAUGCGAAGCAAUGGCGUUAUCCGCAACUCAGCCAGUGCCAGCGAAACGUCAGCCGUCGUGAAACGACUGUUUCCGCACGCCCUCGGUCACUACGUCGGUGCCGAUGUGCACGACUGUAAGUUCGUUCCUGAAAGUGCGCCGCUGCGAGAAGGCGUAACCAUGACGAUCGAGCCCGGCGUAUACAUCCCGGCCGACAACGCUCCCGCGUGUGUGCCGUCCUGUUUCCAUGGCAUCGGGGUGCGGGUCGAGGACAUCGUAGUCAUCAACGCCGCGGGCAGGGCAGAAUUGCUGACCAGCACUGCUCGGACGAGCCAGGAUAUCGAGGACCUGCUCAACAACACCAGUUAGCCAUAAUGCCAGGCAGCCUGCACAGUGCGAAGUACUGUUUCGUUGCUACACGUACACAGUCUCGUGGCCCCCCCCCCCCCCCCCCCCCCC